AUGCUAGAUGAUUUUUUUUUAAAAAGAAAAAAAUUAAGCUUUGUAAACAUCAAUCUGAAAAGCUACUUUUAUAAAUAUUAUAAUAAUAAGAAAAAUGAAAAGAAAAAAUUGUAUUAUAUACUUGAUAAGAAAAAAAAAAUUGAAGAGAAGAUAAAACUGACGAGCAAUUUAACUUAUAACGAAAUUACCUUCUUGUUUGGGAAAAGUAAUCAUAAUAGCAGUCAUAGUAGCAAACAUAAUAAUAUUAUUGUUAAUAAAAAAAAAAAAAUUUAUUUUUGUAAAUUUUUAAAAAUUGACAUUUUAACACUGUUAAAAAAAGAUAUAGAAAAAUUAAAAAAAAAAAAAUUUACUUAUAUUACUAUAAAUAAUAGAAAACACAGUUUUAAAAAAAUUUUGAGUGUGUGCAUGUUUACGAAAGAUAUUAAAUCUUUAGUAAAUACAACACAUCAGUAUAUUUUAAAAACAAGUCUUUAUCAUUUAUUUCUCGUUUUAAAAUUAAGCAUUGAAUUUAAAAAUUUUGAAUUUUUAAAAUUACUUACGUUAGAGGCUUUUAUUAGCAAAAUAGAACAAUUAAAGAGAGAACAAGAGGAAAAGACACAAGUGGGAAAAGACAUAAAAUUGUUGUUAACAUAUGAUGACAUACUGAACAGUAAAUUUUUUGUAAAUUUUGAGGCUCCAAAAAAAUGUGCUACUUCGAAUAUUUACAUUUUUGAUAUUAUCAAUUUUAUUAAUGAACAUGUAAAAGGGGAUGCUGGCCAGGCAGGCAAAGUCGAGGCGAAAAGUUACGACGAGCCGGGAAGUUAUGACCAGGUCAGGAAAACCACUGAAGAGGGGUAUAAACAGAUCAGGAAAACUUCUGAAGAAAGUUAUGACCAGGUCAGGAAAACCACUGAAGAGGGGUAUGAACAGAUCAGGAAAACUUCUGAAGAAAGUUAUGACCAGGUUAGGCAAAAUGCAGAGCAAAGGAUUGACAAAACCGAAAAAGUGAACAAUUCAUGCGCCAAAGUUUCUCUCGCAAAUAGGAAGAUGUACAGGUCAGACGAUUUAAUGCACAAAAGUGGAAGUGAUGGUUAUACAAGGGAUAAUGCGAAAAAUUAUGUACGUAAUGUUAACAUAAACAACUCCAGCAAAAGCAAUUUUAGCAGACACUAUGACAGGAAGUGGAAGAGGUUUAAUUUUAAAAAUGAAGAGAGUGAUAUAAGAAGAAAUAAUGAAAUUUACCCUCACGAAAUAAAGUACUUUUUUUAUAAUAACAGAUCAAAUCAUUUGGGUGUAUAUAAAGAGAUUUAUGAAAAAUCCGAUGAAUAUAAAGGUCUAAAAUAUUACGAAAAAAUAAGAAAUGAUUAUUAUUUAGUAAAUAAUAGGUAUGGCGAAAAAAAUGGUACAGAGGAGAUGCAAAAUAAUAGUUUAAAAUGUAGUUAUUUAAGUAGUAAUAUUUUUAAAAAUAAUGGAAUUGCGGAUAAUAAGAAUAAAGUGGACAGUUCCCUAUUAUCGAAAAUGACAGAUACGUGUAUACUAAAGGAAUAUAUAUUAAACGCAUUUUUGUCCAUAUGUGUAAAUAAUUAUGAGGAAAAAAUUUAUAAAUAUAUAAAACAUAUCUACUUUUGUAAUUUUUAUUUUUAUAAUCCGUUAUUUCUGUUGUACUAUUUCCCUUUUAUUAUCCCAAGCGAAUAUAAGAUUUAUACAAAAUAUUUAAAAGAGUUUUUAAAAUUUUUAAAUAACAUAAUAAUGCACUUUCAUUUUUAUUUAAUCCCUUUUUUUAUUAAUUUAAAUUAUUCUACUAUUUUUUUUGAAUUUUUUAAAAAAUAUAUUACCUUAGGACAAGAGGGAAAAACGUUACACAUAUUUCGAAAAUCAAAUAGUCAUCAACUACUAAAGGAAAAGAUAGUAUAUACAUAUAAAAAAUUUACAGCUAAUGAAAAAAGUAUAACUUUACUAAUGCACCUUUUUUAUGAAAUUUAUGCACAUGAUAGUGGUGUCAUCGAAAAGGGUAAGCAGAUUUAUCUGGACAAUUUCUACUUCUAUAGCUCAGAAAAAGAAAGAAAAGAAGUGCAGAUGAGUAUUUUUUUUAAUUUUUUAAAUUAUCAAAGCUUGUUUAAUAAAUAUGAAAAGGAGUUAAAAAAUGAAAAAUUGCAAAGGCAUGUAUUUCUUAAGCCCUUUUUUUCAAGCCCUAAUAAAGUAAAAAAAAAAGGAUCAAUUAUACAAUGUACGAAUGUAGAAGAGAAAGAAAACUUAUACACUAAUGGGUACAGUAAUAUAAUGGAAAGAAUCCAAUUACAUGAACGUGUUGGAGGUAAAGGAAGUGGAGAGCCAAGUGAGGGUAUUUUCAAAAAUGACUAUAUAAAACAGGAGGAAGAUGGAUCCAGAUAUGGGAGGGGCAAGGUAGCAGCGAGUAAAAUAAUCACUAGCAAUAUAGCAGCGAGUAUGCGUACCCCCCCCUCAGCGAUUUCAAAAAAUUUGUUAUUGAAAAGGAAAGCAUUUCUAAAAGGAGUAAGUGACAUGCAUAUUGAGCUUAACAGUGCAGGGGAAAGUAUGCAAAGCGGAAAUAAAUACUGCAAUACUAAGGGCAGUACUAACAGCAAUACUAACAGCAGUACUAACAGCAAUACUAACAGCAGUACUAACAGCAGUACUAACAGCAGUACUAACAGCAGUACUAACAGCAGUACUAACAGCAGUACUAACAGCAGUACUAACAGCAGUACUAACAGCCAUGUUUGCCUCCAUCUAAAUGACGCACAUUUAAAAUAUAAUAAUAUAGCAAUUAAGAAAAAAGACGUGUUAAGUCUUUUUCUGCUGUUAAACAGGAAUAACUUGACAGAAUGUGGCAAUUAUGUUGUUAAAAUAAUAUAUUUUUUUUUGAAUGAAUAUAGUGAAAAGGACAUAAUACAUAUAUUUCUUAAUCAUGUGAAAAACAGUAAUAAUAAUUAUGACCUGUUACUAGUUAAUAAAAUAUUAAAUAUAUUUAUUUAUAAAAAAAAAAAUAUGACAUUAAAUAAUAAUAUUAUUAUCUGUAAUAUUUUAGCAAAAUAUCAGUUAUUUCAUAAUAAUUUUUUUUCGCUAGAUAAAAAAAAUUUUAUAAACGAGGUGAAAGAUACUAACAUACAUUCCCUGGUUGCACUUAUUUAUUCCUUAGGGAAAUUAAAAAUUAAAAACGUAUGUAACGAUUUUUACAAAGUAGUCAUUAAAGAAAUUUUAAAAAAAAUGGAUAAAAUUAACGAGUAUGGGUUGUCUUGUCUCUUAUAUGGCCUGAACAACCUUAUUGACAGAAAAAGAGAACGGGUAUUAAUACCUCAACCAACAAAUGAAAAAAAUAAGUACUUGAUAAAGUCGAUCAAUAGGGAUGGAAGUUUUUCGACUGAUAAUUUGCGUGCAAGAGGUGAUGGGAAUCUCGCUUGUACCAAGUACCCUGAGGAAAGUCGCAUUCACGGUAGUAACGACAUUAUCGAAAGUUCUUUGGACAAAGCACAAAUUGGUACUCAAGAUGGAAGCAGCAACUAUGCAAGUAAGGACAGUGAAAAGGAAAUACCCACGCAGAACAAAAGUACCAAUAGGGAUGGACCGGAUAAGCAGUAUAACUAUCGUACUUAUAAUAAUUACCAUAUAGAUAGUGCUGCCGCUGCGUGUGAUAAACGAAAUAAGUGGGAGGGCGCUAACAAAGGAAGCUAUAUGUUGUCCCAUGCAAAGGGAGAAAAUGAAAAAGAUAAAGAAAAACAUAACAAACAACAUCAUUUAAAUGAAAUUAUUAAAAUAGAAAAUGAGUUAAUCAAAGCAAUAGUAAAAAAAUUAAUUCUUUUUAAAAACAUGAAUAUCAACUCGUUCUGUAUAUCUAUUUCGUGUUUAUCUAAAAUUAAUAUUUUCCCAUCAGAACUAUAUGAAGAAAUAAAAGAUAUUACAUAUAGAUAUAUAAAUACUGUGAACGUUACUUCACUACAACAUUUACUAUUAGCCUUGUCUAAAUAUUAUAUGAAAACAAAAAAAAAAAUGCACUCUGUUGAUUCUAUAAUUUUUGAUAUUUACAAUUUUUUAUUUACAUACAAAUAUGCAGAAAUAUCUUUUAAAUGUGCAUGCAAAUUUCUACACAUUUUAAGUCUACUAAAUUUAAGAGAGGAAAAUUUUAUUUUAUUAUUACUUCUGACAAUAGCGAAUGAGCAGAGAACACUAACAUCCAUCCAUGGCCCCGAAGGGGAGAGCAGUAGCGUAGGUAGAAGCGUGUGCAAUAUCGAUCUCUGUAAAAAUGCAGUUGAAGGGCGCCCUCAUAUACCUAGUCCUUUUAACAGCAAUAGUGAUAAAAGAAACGGGCUAACGGUAAGUAAUUACUCUAAGAAUGGAUACUCAGUGAAAAAUUAUAGCAACAACAACGAGAGUAGUGAUAACUGUGGUACUAUAAGGUUUAGGAUGUCCAUUUUUAAAGGGCUGGAUAAACUGAAGGAGGAAGAAUAUUUUAAAAGCUCGUAUAAUUCGUAUUUAUUCUUUGACAUUAAAAAUUAUAAAUUAAAUUUAAAUAAUCUUUUGUUAAAUUUUAAAAAUGUUGAUAACAGUUACUUGAUUAAUGUCCUUGAGAGUUUAUAUAAUUUGUCUUAUUAUUCUUAUUUUUCAAUUCAUCUAAUCAUAAUCAUAAAAAAUUUACUCAUUAAACAAAUACACGAUUUGAAGGUCUCAAGUAUAAUAACCUUAUUUUUCUCCUAUACUGAUUUGCAUUUCUUUGAUCAUUCUCUUUACGAUCUUGAGUUAAAAUUAUUUUUAAGUGAUUACAGUAACAUGAAUGAUGGCACAAAGGGAGAUGACGAAAAGUACCUAUAUGAACAAUUAGCCAUUAAUACGAUUAGAAAUAAUACAAUGAUUACUCGAAAUGGGUUUAAACAAGGGAAGGAAGAAAAAUAUGAAGAAGAUAAAAAAAUAAAUGAUACUACUGUACGACAGGAUGGAACUAAUAUGCUUGAACAAAAUGAGGGUCUUAUGCUACAACAACAAUUUUACAGCAUCUAUAAUUACAUGAUGAGUAAUUUUAAAAAAAUGAGUGAAGAAGAAAAGGUAGUAUAUGUUGAGAAACUAAAAUUAAUUAUGUGUGAGAUGAAAAAGAAAAACAAAAAAUAUUAUGUGGAAAAUAUUUAUAAUAAGAACGAUACAUUAAGUGCAGAAUAUAUAAUAUCUAUGAUAUAUGAUUAUAAUGAGGACAAAAAAAAAAAAAAUUUGGAAAUGUAUGAACAGGAAAGGAUGUUAAAUGAAAGUGAAACGACAAACACAUACAAUAAAGAAAGCAUGAAUAAGUUUAAAAAAAGGGGAUCUCAUUUUAUAUAUGAUGAUGAAAAUGAUAGCGCCAAUACUGCAAAUUAUGGUAGGUGUAGUACUGCAAAUUAUGGUAGCGGUAGUACUGCAAAUUAUGGUAGCGGUAGUACUGCAAAUUAUGGUAGCGGUAGUACUGCAAAUUAUGGUAGCGGUAGUACUGCAAAUUAUGAUAGCGGUAAUACUGCAAAUUAUGAUAGCGGUAGUACUGCAAAUUACCGUAGCAGUUGUGUAAAAAACGAGUUGUCGAGUUUAAGCAAAGGAUCGGUUUCACCGAAUGAAGGGGAUAAUGAUAAUUUCCAUAAAAUAAAAAAUAUUGUUGAUCAGUUCAGCUCAGUUAAAAAAUACCACUUAAAAGAUAAAAAGUUAAAUGAGAAAUUAGAAAAAAAAGAAUAUUAUGAUGAUUUUUUUUCCUUAAAAUAUAGAGAAUAUUAUAAAGAGGACUUAAUAAAUUUGUGUUUAGAGACACUGUUAAAGAACACGAAUUAUAUUUUAAAUAAUUAUAAGCAGUACAAAAAUUGCAGCAUAUUUUUUCUUUUACUUUUUUAUAAUAUUUUCUUACCAUAUACAACAAACGACAUUUUUGUUUAUUUUAAAUGUAUUCAAAGAAAUUAUAUUUUUUAUAAAAAAAAAAAUUUGCAGCAUUAUUUUGAACAUAUAUUAAAAAAUAUAGAGUUAUCAGAUUUUAAUCAUCAUUUUGUUAAUAAUAUUAUUAAUUCGAAAAAUUUGUCACAUACCAUUAUUCCAUAUUUGAAUAUAUUACAACACGACAAUAACUUUUUAGAUAAAGCUAUUUUUUUAAAUGAUCAUAAAAAAGAGAUCCAUCAGAUGGAAAAUUAUCAAUAUGCUGGCAAAGACAUUAAUAUAGGGGAAGAACAGGAAGAAGAUGAAACGAAACAUAACUGUCUAAAUGAGUACGAAAUGUUUAUAAAUUCAUAUGACCUGAAUUAUAAGAUGAGAAAAAUAAAAAUUGAAAAUAUCGUUCCGUUAAACCUUUUGUACAAAUUUUUCCAGUUAGUUAACUUUAACAUAAAUAAUGUUCAGCUUGUUUUUCUUUUAAAUGAAGUAAUUAAGGAAAGUACUUUGCGCGAAAGAAUAGACGAUGAAGGUGUUGACAGUACUGGUGAUGUAGACAAUGUAGACAGUGAAGACAGUGCAGACAGUGUAGACAGUAAUGCAUUAAAAUUUAAAAGAACGCAGAAUUCACCUUACCAGUUCAGAAAUUUGUUCUGCCCAUUACUUCAAAUAAAAAAUAAAACCUUAAUUGUUCAUAAAAAUUCGAAAAAAUUGUAUUUUAAAAAUUUGAAUAUUAUUGACCAACAUUUUAAUACAUCUCAAGGUUUAAUUAUACAAAUUUUUGAUAAUCCUAUUUAUAACUUAAUUUCUAUUUAUGCUAAUGUGUACAUUGUUGCUUAUAAAGUGGACAUUUUGAUAGAAAGGAGUAAAUGA